UUAGAAGAUUGAAGCAUGUUGAAGUUUGUGGUUCUGAUUUCGUUGGCUGCCUGCGUCUUGGCCGGUACUGUGCCCGAGGGCCUGUUGCCCCAGUUGGAUGGCCGCAUUGUUGGUGGCUAUGAUACGAGCAUUGAGGCGCAUCCCUAUCAGGUGUCUCUGCAGCGCAAUGGUGCCCACUUCUGCGGUGGAUCCGUCUAUUCGCAUGAUAUUAUUGUCACCGCCGCUCACUGCCUGCAGUCAGUCUCCGCUAAGGAUCUGAGGGUGCGUGUGGGUACCACCUACUGGCGCGAGGGCGGUAGCGUUCACUCCGUGAAAUCUUUCCGCAAUCAUGAGGGCUACAACAAGCGCACCAUGAUCAACGAUAUUGCCAUCAUUCGCCUGGAAUCCUCGAUCAGUUUCGACUCCAGUGUGCGCCCCAUUGACAUUGCUGAGAAGAAUCCUGCUAAUGAUGCCGAGGCCAUCGUCACUGGCUGGGGCACUACCAAGUCCGGUGGCUCUAUUCCCGACCAUCUGCUGGCUGUCGAUCUGAGAAUCGUUAAUCGCGAAGAGUGUGCCUCCAAGGAGUACAAAUAUGGCUCCCAGAUCAAGGACACCAUGAUCUGUGCCUAUGCUGUGCACAAGGAUGCCUGCCAGGGUGAUUCUGGUGGCCCACUGGUUUCUGGUGGUCGUCUUGUUGGUGUCGUCUCCUGGGGUAAAGGCUGCGCCGCUACCGGUUAUCCCGGUGUCUACGCCGAUGUUGCCCACUUCCACAGCUGGGUUGAGAGCACCGCCCGGGAGCUGUAAGCUAUAAGUUCCAAACUUUUCCAAUAAAUUCAAUUCCAAAAAAAUAAAGAAAAAAAAACA